AAAAUAUGUGAUUCUAGGAAAACCUGAAAUUAAAGAUAGCGUGUUAUGUGGCUAUUAAAUGUAUCACAUUUCAAUUUGAAAUUAUUUUUUUAAACUUAAAUCAUACUACUAAAACCAGAGCCAGUAAAGGGAGAAUAGAACGAACUUUUACAUACACCAGCUGACGUGACUACAUAAGAAUGUUUUGCACUAUCGUAGCGUUAGCCAUGUUCUUCAUCUGCGAAAACCAUAUAAUGGCGGAGGCACGAUGCGAAGCCGCAAAAGGAAAGACAACAUGCAUAACAGAGGAUUUGCUUGAGAUGUUAAUGAAUAUAAAAGACCAAAGAAGCCAAGUUUCAACUAUGAGACCAGUAUUUUUUGCUUUCCUAAAAAGUUCCACAACAUAUUCCGGAUCAAUGGUAUACAAGUUUGACGAUGUAAGGACAAACAUUGGAAACGGAUAUAAUCCAGAUGCAGGCGUUUUUACAGCACCAAAGAAAGGUAUCUAUCAAAUCAAUUGUGUGAUUUCGGCUUUGCCGAACAUAGAAGUAUAUUAUCAAGUAAUGAGGAACGAUGCUGUCUUUGGUCACGGAACAACGAGCAAGGGUUUAUAUGAUUCUAGCACUAAUGUUUGGAUCGUGGAGUUGGCCAAAGGUGAUCGUGUUUAUAUACAACACAGGAAUGGUGCAAGAAAAUUCCAUACAAAUCUACACUCAUACUUUGGAGGUUAUUUAUUGUAGAAAAUAAAAUACUCCACUCAUUAUU